AUGGCGCGGAGAGGAGCAGCGUCUUCAGAUACUAUCGCCGCGUCCUUCACUCCAGCAGAGUUUGUGCCCAGCAGAACUUUAACAGCUCAAAGCAAAUCCAUCUCUCUUUCUCUAAUUAAGGUUCCAAAGUUUGUUGCUGAAAGUUGGCGUUCUGCCGUUGCUGAUGCAACUGCGGGGAUUCUGAAAAACGAUAAUGGAAAACAAGUCUUGAUAGUUCGGGAUCCACUUACAGGUGGUGCCUGCCACUUGGAAUCUAUUUUCCUGCAAAAUGACAAAUCACUUGUUCUGCAAAAAAACGGGAAACAACUUUUAGAUGUUAUAGGAGAACUUCAAAGCAGAACAAAUUUUCAGCCCAAGUUGGACCACAGGUAUCAACAGGUUUUGCACAAACGUCAUGUGGCAGAAGAUCUCCACAAAAGUCGCGGAACAGUUGAAGAAAUGCGGAGAGAUCCAGGUUUAGACAGCCUCCAUACGCUAUUUCAAUUCUACACGCCUAGGGCCUCCCUCUCAGCUGAAGAAAACGCAAAAAGAGGACUUGAGUCAAUAUCUAGGGCCAAGGCCAAACAGAAAAGGGGGGCAGUGUUAGAUGCUGAUUCCCUGAAGGUGAAGCUCUUUAAAAUGUUCGACGCUGCUGGGGCCUCUGGCCUUCAGCUGAAGCAAAUUGCUAGCCAAACGCAACAGCCUCUCUCUCAUGUUAAGAUGAUCGUAGAGGAGAUAGCAGAACAAAGAAAGAGAUUGAGUGACAGAAAGGCUGUUUACUUCUUGAAACAACAGUACAGCAUAGUUCAAAAGGGUAAGCUUCAUACUCUUAGAUUGAAAGAAGUUGCUGAAGAGUGGGAUUUCAUGGACAUUUUGGUAUCUUGUGUUGGUGUGCAUCUCCUUGGACAUGUGCACACGUGGACUAGUUUUAACACUAGUGAAGUGAAAGAUUUUAACAAUUUGCUGGCUGUAGUGAAAACAUACAGUAACUACUUAAGUAAGUACGCAGACAUUUGUUUAUCUGCACAUGGUUAG